AUGGCGACCUUGCUCCGGUCUGAUCCGAGGAGGCCAUGGAGAGUAACCGUCGGCGGCGCCUCUAGAAGGUACGGAGUCCAGUUCUCCGCCUCCAAUUUCAUCCAAGCCCCUCUAUCUGCUCUAUUAGAAUACUCUGGAAUCUUACGAAACCCUCAAUCGAGCCAUCAGGAGACGGAGCCCUUGACCUCCGCGCCCCCCGCCGCCCCCAGCGACGGCGAGGUCGCGAUACGGAUCAUCGGCGCCGGCGAUCAUGAAAGUGUUAGGGCUUUUCCGGGGGAAGCGAACUCGUUGAGUCCAUUGAGGUCUGAGGGCGAGGAUUUGGCUAGGGAGAGUGAGAGGGAGGGUGGGGAUGGGGAAGUUAGUCCUUUGAAUUCGUCGAAUUCCGCUUCGGGGAGCGGGAGUAAUUUGGAGGGGGAAGGGAAUGUUGGGGGAGGGAAUGGGAGGGAUUCGUCGUAUCAGAGGUAUGAUAUACAGCAGGUGGCAAGGUGGAUCGAGCAGAUUUUGCCAUUUUCCUUGUUGUUGUUGGUGGUUUUCAUUCGGCAGCAUUUGCAAGGUUUCUUUGCCACCAUCUGGAUUGCAGCAGUAAUGUUCAAGUCAAAUGAUAUACUGCGGAAACAAACUGCUUUGAAGGGAGAGCGAAAAAUUUCUUUUCUAGUCGGGAUUACACUUAUUUUCAUGAUCCACGUUUUUGGAGUUUACUGGUGGUACAGGAAUGAUGACCUUUUCUAUCCACUUGUACUUCUUCCUCCUAAGGACAUACCGCCAUUUUGGCAUGCUAUAUUCAUUAUCAUCGUCAAUGAUACAAUGGUUCGCCAGGCAGCAAUGGUUGUCAAGUGUAUGCUACUGAUGUACUACAAGAAUAGCCGGGGCCGGAACUAUCGUAAGCAGGGUCAGAUGCUAACUCUUGUGGAAUAUCUCCUCCUCCUGUAUCGAGCAUUAUUGCCAGCGCCAGUUUGGUACCGGUUCUUCCUUAACAAGGAAUAUGGGAGCCUCUUUUCAUCUCUAACUACUGGCCUGUACCUAACUUUCAAGCUGACUUCAGUUGUUGAGAAGGUGCAAUCAUUCUUUGCAGCAUUGAAGCAAUUGUCACGUAAAGAAGUGCAUUAUGGGUCACAUGCAACAACAGAGCAGGUGAUUGCAGCUGGUGAUAUGUGUGCUAUCUGCCAGGAGAAGAUGCAUGCUCCCAUCUUGCUACGUUGUAAACAUAUAUUCUGUGAAGACUGUGUCUCAGAAUGGUUUGAAAGAGAACGUACGUGCCCAUUAUGCAGGGCUUUAGUUAAGCCAGCUGACCUCCGGUCCUUUGGUGACGGCUCUACAAGUCUCUUCUUCCAGUUAUUCUAACUCUUACUUUCAGCAAUAUAUACCGGUUAUCUCAAAUGAUGAGACUGGCGAUGAAACUGAGAGGAUUCUCUGUUGGCCUGCGCCUCGUGGUUAAGGUUAUGAUGUAUUUUAACUGAUAUAUUUAUGGCCUGUUUCUUCGCGCAUUUUGCUGGAAGUUGUUCCUCAAGAGGAGGGAGGGAGGGAGGGAGUGUUCAUAAUCCUGUAAUUUUAUCUAUAGGCCCAAUGGUCAUAAAUUUUUUUUACAAACUGAUGAGAAGAGAACUGUACAAACAGUUUAUGAAAUAUAUAUAUAUAUAUAUAAACAGCAAAUUCCAUGUCGCAAAAUGUGACACCUGGGGUUUGAUGUGGUUCA